CCAUAGGUCUACCCAGCAGUAGAUCAGUUUUCAGAAUGUAGUUUGGUCUCUUUAGCGGUUAUACUGAAACUAAAAGUAAAAGUUACAACACACGCCAUUUUAGAGGGCACACAGUCCGAUACUCCUGUUCCAAUUGUUUGCAAAGAUUGGUUUUCUGAGUGAGAUCUGUCUGAGCAGUCCAGAGUCUAAAUCAGACAUUAGACUGUAUGGAGCCUGAGGGAGACCCUGGAGUCAUGAGUAGGAGAGCCAAGCGGGAGAGAAUGGAGUCUCCUGCUCCCAGCUGUCUCUCUAUGAAUAGUGGCAGGUCAAUGGAGCAACCAUAUGCUUUUAAAAGAGAACCCUUGACCCCUGAUUUGAGUGCCAGUCUGCUGACUGAGGAUCAGUUCAGAUGUUCUGUGUGUUCAGAGGUGCUGAGGGACCCGGUCUCCAUUCCCUGUGGACACAGUUACUGCAGGCAGUGCAUCAGCACAUACUGGGUCCAGCCCGGCCCUGCAGGAGACUAUGUGUGUCUCCAGUGCAGUAAGAGAUCCAGAGACCGGCCAGUGCUCUGCACUAACACAGCCUUGGCCAGGUUGCUCCAGGGGCUCCAGCAGGCAGGCUUCAGUCCUGCCCUCCCUGCUCUGGGCUAUGCUGGGCCUGGGGACGUGGCCUGUGAUAUCUGCUCUGGACAGAAGCUCAGAGCGGUGAAGUCCUGUCUGACCUGCACUGUCUCCUACUGUGAGAGCCACGUCAGGCAGCACUACACUGUCCCAGCACUGCAGAGACACACCCUGGCUGAGGUCACUGGAGACGGGGGACACAAAGGUCAUCAAGGCAACACUGGACAGACAGAGAGGAUCAAAGAGGAGGAGACUAUGGAGUCUGAGGAGGAGGAGAGGGAAGGUGUCUCUAAAAAGAUGACGGAAGUUAAAGAGGAGGAAGAAGAUUCUGAUGAGGGACUUUCUGAUCUAAAGAAGAACCCUAAAACUAAAUCUCUUGUCUCUGAAGUGAAGAACAUCUCUAAGUCCUACUCAGACUUGCAGCAGGAGAACUCUAAUCUUAAACAUGUUGUUCGUGAACUCAGUAAAAAGAAUGCUGUGUUAAAACAAGAGGUAACAUUUGAGAAAGAACUGGUGGACAUCAGAACUGCUGCUCUGAAUAAGAUCACAGUUACUCUCAUCUCAGACCCACAGCAACAGAGAGAGGCUGAGUAUGUGAGAAGAAACCUGAAGAAUAUGACCAUGGACUAUGUGGAUGUGACUCUUGAUCCUGAUACAGCACAUCCCAAACUCAUCCUGUCUGAAGACAGGAAACAAGUUAGAUGUGGAGAUGUAUGGCAGGGUCUCCCUGACAACCCAGAGAGGUUUGAUAUCUCUGUCUGUGUGGUGGGAAAGGAGAGUUUCUCCUCAGGGAGAUUCUACUAUGAGGUGCAGGUGAAGGGGAAGACUGGCUGGUGUUUAGGAGUGGCCACGAAGUCCAUCAACCUGAAGGGGACGAUUUACCUGAAUCCUGAGGAUGGAUACUGGACUGUGAUGCUGAGGAAUGGACAGUACUGGGCUGGCGCUGUCCCCACUGUCCCAAUCUUCCUUAGAGAGGAGGUCCAGAAGGUGGGGGUGUUUGUGGAUUAUGAGGAGGGUCGGGUCUCCUUCUAUAAUGUGGAGGCCAGGUCUCAUAUCCACUCUUUUACUGGCUGUACCUUCACUGAGAAACUCUAUCCAUUCUUCAGCCCUGGUAAUAAUUACACUGGUCAAAACUCAACCCCACUGGUCAUCACUCCUGUAGAUAUCACUGACUGACUGGUUUAUACCGAACAUUGAAAUACUGUUAACAUAACUGAUAAUAUAAUAGUGACCAAAUAAUGUAAUAAUUCAUUGUAAUGUAAAACAUAUUAUAUAAAUCAGCAGAUAAUGUAUUCACUUUUUACAUGUAUAAUACAAUAACUUUUCCUGAUAAUGUAAUCAUUCAAUUACAGUUAUUAAUGCAGAACUAAGUUAUUUUGUGGAUAAGGUUAAAUAAAUGAAGUGUUAACAUAGUAAAUCCCAGUUUGCCAGUGCUGGUCAUCUUCCUCAUAAUGUAAUCCAAUAAGACCUACCUGUCCAUCUAUCUCUGUGGACCAUAU